AUGGUCGUCAAAGCCUGGUCGAGUACCAAUUUCGAAGUUCUCUUCAGUCGUCUUUCCGUUCCCCAACAAAAUAUCUGCAAUGUUCUGCCCUUCAGGCGAGAGAAUGCCAUCGUUAAGGUCGCCGAUGAGGCCGCCAUCUGGUCCGUCGUCACCCACUUCUGGUAG